AGGGGUGAAUGUUGAAUGGUGACUUUUGGAAUAAAAAGGGGGCCAGCUUUCUGUAGUUGAGGACGAAAGAAAUAGAACACGUAGUCUCAUCUCUGUCUCUCUUGUGUUACUGAGUACAUAAAGGCCUACCUUUCCUUUGGGUGUACACUUCUCCACCCUUGUUAAAAAGGUUCUAACAUCACGAACCCACACAAUGGAUUGCGAUCGAUCUCUGCCACCGAUUUCUCCAAACCUCCGCUCUAACCGCCGGAAUUCCAUCAUUUUACGGCUUACAGCGUUAACUUGCCAGUAUCCGGCCUAGUAUUUCUGAGGUCCAAACUCGAGGGAAAUAAAGGUCUCUUCCUUUGUUUCGCCAUAAUUCCUUGUGGGUUUUUGUUUGUAUGGUUGGGGAUUUUUUUUCCGCUGUGUGAUUGAUUACUCCUGUUUGGUUUCUGAGAGAGUGGAGGAAAAUGAGAGGAAGCUAUGGGUUUCUGCAAUUGAAGCAGGAUUAGGUGAUCCUUUUUCGAUAAUUCUAGUUUCUUUCCUUUGUGGGUUUCCAUUCAUAGAGGCAGGGUUUUCUUCUUUUCUUGAAAUUUCCCCUGUUUGGUUGCUGAGAAAAUGGAGGAAAACGAAAGGAAGUUUUGGGUUUUCUGCAAUUGCUGCUGGCGUAGAUGUCAGGGGCGGCUCUACCUUACAUUGAGGGGUUUCACCCAUAUGAUUUAAUUUUUUCUUUAGUAUUGUCGGCACUGAAUUAUUCGUAUGAGGCUAAAUUAAAUGAAAACUUACAUUUGUGAGUAGGUGGACAUUAUAGCUCAGCAAAACAAACUAAACCAAGCCCAAUGAAUUUCUACCAAAAUGAUUAUCGUUUGGUUUAUACAUAGAAAAAAAUUCUGAACAUUUUCAUCACCGCUGAAUUAAAAAUCUCGAGCCGCCCCCUGCUUAGAUGAGCCUUCUUCGAGAGGGCUUGAUAUGGGGCAUUUUUCAUCCAUGUUCAACGGAUUGGCGAGAUCACUUUUGAUCAAGAAAGGACGAAAUUCUGGCAAAUGCAGCGGGGAUGAGGCUGUGGAAGUGAUUGCAAAGGAAGCAAAGAAGAAUGACUUGAUUCUCCAGUCUUCGGGCUGUGUUAAUGCGAAUGGGUCCGACAACUUUGCAUCCGUUUUCUCCAAAAGAGGUGAAAAAGGGGUGAACCAAGAUUGCUUCAUUGUGUGGGAGGAAUUUGGGGGCCAAGAGGACAUGAUGUUCUGUGGGAUCUUCGACGGACAUGGCCCAUGGGGACAUUACGUGGCAAAGAGGGUUAGAAAAACAAUGCCCUCCUCUUUGUUAAGCAAUUGGCAGGAGACGCUUGCAGAAGCUUCGCUUGACCUGGAUUUCGAUUUGGAAACAGAUAAAAAGCUUCAUAAGUUUAAUAUAUGGAAGCGUUCCUACAUAAGGACUUGUGCUGCUGUUGAUCAUGAUCUUGGGCAGCACCGCAAAAUCGAUUCAUUCUGCAGUGGAACCACUGCUCUCACAAUUGUUAGACAGGGUGAACUUAUAUUCAUAGCAAAUGUUGGUGAUUCUCGUGCUGUAUUGGCUACCACUUCUGAUGACGGCAGCUUGGUACCAAUUCAGCUUACUAUCGAUUUCAAGCCCAAUCUACCCCAAGAAGCUGAGCGGAUAAUUCAGUGCAACGGGCGAGUCUUUUGUUUACCUGACGAGCCAGGGGUGCAAAGGGUGUGGCGACCGGAGGAGGAGUCACCUGGAUUAGCAAUGUCUCGAGCCUUUGGAGACUACUGUGUCAAGGAUUUUGGACUUAUUUCUGUGCCUGAAGUGACCCAAAGACACCUAACCAACGAAGACCAAUUUGUUGUUUUGGCAACAGACGGGGUGUGGGAUGUAAUCUCCAACGAAGAAGCAGUGGAAAUCGUGUCCUCGACACCGGACAGGGCAAAAGCAGCUAAACGUCUUGUUGAAAACGCCGUUCGUGCAUGGAGACGGAAGAGGCGCGGAAUUGCAAUGGAUGACAUUUCAGCUAUUUGUCUCUUCUUUCAUACUUCUCCUUUAUCUCCUCAGCAAAAUUUCACUCUGUAACUAAGCCAGAACAAUUAGAGAAAAGCAAGGCAAUCCCAUCUUCAUGUCCAUCUUUUCCUUGCAUCGUAACGCCUCAUUUUUCCGGCUAAUGUAGUUCCUGAACCUUGGUUGUCGUUCGAUUAGCCUAUGAAUAUGUCUACUUCUUAUCUGUUAGAACUGAAUAUUAAGGAAAUAAGUUUAUGGGGAUUAAA